UCCAUUCACCUUCACACCCCGGGCCAGACUACUCAUGGACCUUGCCAAGAAAGAGUACUACGCAAAAUGUGCUGGGGAAACAGGCCUAGAGGAUUCUUCCCUGGGACAGUCUGACUGUGGGAGAACUGAUCGAGCGGCAGCCAGAAAUCAACACAGCUUUUCAGUUCAGUAAACCUGCGAGGCUUUAAACGGUGGCAGUAACAAAAUCUCUACGUUCAAACGUUUUCAAGGUCCCUAUCCUUGUGUGGAGUUGGGGAGUAGGCUAUGGCUGUGGCGCAAGUGAUGGAGCAGGUGAUAGAGCGUGUUUUUGCUUCUGGGGUGGCUUCUCGUCUGAGGAGCCAAUGGGACCGCGACGAAGGCUUCGGUCAGAAUGACAAAGCUUUGAAGUUCCUGGGCCAGGAUUUUGAGUUUCUCCGGGCCCACAGUCUGCAGUGCAGACGCUUAUUUGAAGAUGACACAUUCCCCGCUCAGGUCUCGUCACUGGGAUUCAAGGAUCUUGGGCCGCGCUCCGCGAAGACACAGGGUGUCCAGUGGAUGCGUCCCACGGAGUUCUGCACUGACCCUCACUUUAUCGUAGACGGAGCCACACGUACAGACGUCUGCCAGGGAGCUCUGGGUGACUGUUGGUUGCUGGCAGCUAUCGCUUCCCUCACGCUGAAUGAGACUCUACUACAUCGGGUGGUGCCCCAUGGGCAGAGCUUCCACAACCAGUAUGCGGGGAUCUUUCACUUCCAGUUCUGGCAGUUUGGGGAGUGGGUGGAUGUGGUGAUCGAUGACAGGCUACCGGUUAAGGAAGGCAAGCUGCUGUUCCUCCACUCGGCAGAGGGGGCAGAGUUCUGGAGCGCCCUGCUGGAAAAGGCCUAUGCCAAGCUUAACGGGUGUUACGAGGCCCUCUCAGGGGGCAGUACAUCGGAGGGAUUUGAGGACUUCACAGGAGGCGUGACAGAGAUGUUUGAACUGAAGAAGGCCCCUGCAGAUCUAUUCAGCAUCAUCAGCAGAGCUGUGGAGCGAGGAUCCCUGCUAGGCUGCUCCAUAGACAUCUCUGGAUUUUUUGAAAUGGAGGCUAUGACAUUCAAGAAGCUGGUGAAAGGCCACGCCUACUCCGUGACAGGGGUCGAGGAGGUGGAGUAUAAAGGAAGUCCCACCAAGCUGCUGCGGAUCCGGAACCCAUGGGGAGAGGUGGAGUGGACCGGUGCCUGGAGUGACAAUUCAAGGGAGUGGUCAUGUGUUGACCCGUCAGUCAGAGCAAGACUGUACAACCGCAGCGAGGAUGGGGAGUUCUGGAUGUCUUUCAAUGACUUCAUGCGCGAGUUCAGCCGUUUGGAGAUCUGUAAUCUGACUGCAGAUGCCCUGCAGGCCAGUCAGGUGAAGAAGUGGAGCUCAGCUCUGUACCCUGGAGAGUGGAGGAGAGGCAGCACCGCGGGAGGCUGCAGGAACUUCCCUGCAACAUUCUGGCUCAACCCUCAGUUCAAAGUAGCCCUGCAACACCCUGACACAGAGGGCCAAUCAGGUUGCAGCUUCCUGGUGGCACUGAUGCAGAAGGAUCGUCGUCGGCAACGGCGCGAGGGGAAAGACAUGGAGACCAUUGGAUUUGCCAUCUAUGAGGUUCCAGAGGAGUAUAGUGGUCGGACUGGGGUACACUUGAAGAGGGAUUUCUUUCUGAGCCACAGCUCCAGUGCACGGUCGGAGCUCUUCAUCAACCUGCGCGAGGUCAGCUCCCGCUUCUGUUUGCCCCAGGGAGAGUACAUUAUCGUCCCCUCCACCUUUGAGCCCCAAAAGGACGGAGACUUUGUGCUCAGGGUGUUCUCUGAAAGGCCAGCUGACUCCCAGGAACUGGAUGAUGACAUCACAGCUGAUCUACCCGAGGAGGUGGAGCUGGAUGAAAGCCAGAUUGAUGCAGGCUUCAAGAGUCUCUUCAGACAGCUAGCUGGAGCAGAAAUGGAGAUCAGUAAUUCCAAGCUUCAGACAAUCCUAAACAGAAUCAUCAGCAAGCAUAAAGACCUGAAGACGGACGGCUUUGGAAAGGAGGCAUGUCGUUGCAUGAUUACACUCAUGGAUACCACCGGCACAGGGAAAUUGGGCUUGACUGAGUUCCAUGUGCUGUGGGAGAAAAUCAAACGCUACCUGACUGUGUUUAGGAAGUUUGACCUGGACAAAUCUGGCACCAUGAGCUCCUAUGAAAUGCGCAUGGCACUGGAAUCAGCUGGCUUCAAGCUGAAUAAUCAACUGUUCCAACUCAUUAUCCUGCGCUACGCAAAGGAAGACCUGAACGUGGACUUUGAUAACUUUGUGAACUGUCUCAUCCGCCUUGAAACCAUGUUCAAGACAUUUAAAGAAAUGGACACCGAUGCCGAUGGGGUGGUGUCCUUCAGCUUUGUCCAGUGGAUCACCCUCACCAUGUUUGCCUAGACAGCUAGACGUCCUGGAACUGCUACCGCCCGUGUUUGUGGCAACACCCCACUCCAGGCUUCAUUAACAUCACAAUGGCCUCAGUGUACUGGUCAAUGGCCUUGUUUCAGUACAUAUCAUGGAUGUUCAGUGCUAUAGAGUGAUUUCAAAUGUAGUCAAAAGUCCCACGUUCACUGAAAUGUUAUUCUAUUUAAACCCUGCAUGUCAGCUCAAUUGUUAAUUAAGUAUGUAAAAGGCGCUACAGCACUGAACCUAUGCAAUACAGAUCUAAACCCUUAACUGUGACUUCUUGGGGUUCUCAAACCCAUGACUCAAUGCUCGUUGUAUGUUGCGUUUGCAUGACUUUUUAAAUUACUUUUUUAAAGAUACGUGGUGCUCUGUAUUUAUUUUGUUUUCUAAACAGGCCAUAAUCAUGUUAAGCCAUUAUGCCUUGAAAUGUGGAAUAAGAAUAGCAAAA